AUGAUAAGAAAAGACAACCCAACACGUCGAUUUGAAGGUUAUUUAGACAAACAGGAAACUGAUAAGAAAAUUAUAAAAAAUGUGGAGGUUGAAGGGGAUUGUGCUUUUGCCAGUGGGGAUUUAAUAUAUUGGGAUACUUUUGGAUAUUUACACUUUAAGGUAACUUUAAAGUUCAAAAAUUUUUUCAAAAGUUCAAAGGACCGUCUAGGAGAUACAUUUCGCUGUUGUGGAGAGAAUGUAAGCACAACAGAAGUAGAAAAUGUACUUCAAGGAAUUAAAGGAAUAGAAGAGCUGGCUGUAUAUGGAAUUGAAAUGGAAGGAAAGGAGGGGAAACAUGGAGUGUGUUCUAUAGUUUUGAAUAAAUUUGUGGAAGAUAAUGUAAAAAUAAUCGUUUAA